CAAAGGAAACCCUAAUUAGCUCUCUCCCGUCUCUCACGGUAAAAAAAAAGGGGAAAUUUAUUUUUCAAAAAUAUCGGGAAAUUAAUUUCAAAUAUCGACAAAUCCAUUAGGGUUUCAAAUCAAAAUCAAAAUCCCUAGAUUGCAAACCCUAGCCUGCGAUUCGAUUUUGUGAUCUUGACGAUUUGGAGAAGGAGAUUGACGUUUGGCGGUACACCGACCCAGAUCUGUAAUGUGUGGAGGGAUGUGUGAUGGGAAUGUGAAGAUUGGGGGAUUUGGGAUUUGGUGUGUGGAUUGAGGAGUUGUUGAUGGACAAUAAUAGCAUUGGAGCGCAAAUUCCUAAGAAGUCGAGAUCUUUGGAUCUUAAGAGUCUCUAUGAAGCUGAAGAUUCAAGGCAGCCUCAGAACAACAGCUUGAAAAGGAAGGACAGUGGAGUGUCGGGCGAUGAUGACAAGAGGAAUAAGAGAAAGAAGAGGAGGAAAGCUGUACCUGUGAGCAGUUUUAAGGAUAUUGAUGAUCGUAGCAGAAAGAGUUCAAAUCAAGUGUGUGAUGGUGGUGUGAGUGCAGAUUCACAUGAUUCUGAGGGCUCCAAGAAGGCGAGAUUGAGUCAGAAAUUGAAGAACAGUUCUGGCUUUAAUGGCAUUUCACUUAAUUUGGAUCAUAGUGCUGGUGGAAUCCCCAGGCGUAAACGUGGAUUUGUGGGGCGGAAUAAGUUUGAGGGCAGUCAGUUGAACUCUCCCGGGCAAUCUAGUAAUGUCCUUGUUAAUCAGACUGCAAAGUUAACUAGUGAUGACUCAGGCACUCAAGAUGAUGAGUCUUCAAAGGUUAGAAGAAAGAACAAGGGUAAAGCUGAUCACAAGGAAAAUAUACACAGUGAGCAAUGCUCAGCUCAAUGUGUGAAGGAGGAAGAAGGUCUUGCUGGUCAUUCAGUUGUAAAUAAUGGUAGCUCCUUGAAAAGAUCACGGAGAAAUCCUAGAAAAAGGAAGGCUUUGGGAGAGGAUUGUAAAAACGUUGUGCCUGAGCCUUUGGCUGAUUCUAAAAUUAAUAUAUAUGACCAUUUGCAAGAAGAUGAUGAGGAGAAUCUUGAAGAGAAUGCUGCAAGGAUGCUAUCAUCACGAUUUGAUCCAAGUUUUGCUGGAUUUUCUUCGAAAGGCAAUGCCUCUGCAUCACCAUCGGUGAAUGGGUUAUCAUAUUUGUUAUCUUCUGAUCGGAAUUGUGCUGGUCCUGGGUCUGAGUCUGCAUCAGCUGAUAUGGCUGGCCGAGUGUUGAGACCAAGGAAGCAUCAUAAAGAGAAGGGAAGUUCAAGGAAAAGGCGCCAUUUUUAUGAAAUUUUCUCUGAGAAUUUGGAUGCAUAUUGGGUACUGAACAGGAGAAUCAAAGUGUUUUGGCCUCUGGACCAGAGCUGGUAUUAUGGCCUUGUUAAUGACUAUGAUGAAGAAAAGAAGCUUCAUCAUGUAAAAUAUGAUGACCGCGAUGAGGAAUGGAUUAAUCUACAAAAUGAAAGAUUUAAGCUCUUGCUCUUUCCUAGUGAAGCACCUAGCAAGUCUGAGCGGAGAAGGUCCCGGAGAAGACAUAAACAAUCUGAUGAAGACAAGAGCAGGUUGAAGCUCAGCAAGGAAGAAAGGAGAAACUCCAUGACAGAAGAUGAUAGCUUUGAGGGGAGUUAUAUGGAUUCUGAGCCUAUCAUCUCAUGGUUGGCUCGCUCUACUCACCGGGUCAAAUCUUCUUCACUUGGUGCUCUGAAAAGACAGAAAACAUCUGCUGCUCUAUCUCCCACUUCUAUGAGACCACAAUCCUGUGGUGAAGCUGUAGAUGUACAUGGCUAUUUUGAUGAGGGCUCACUUGAAGGUGACAAAAUUAAAUUGUCCAGUGAUGCUACUUUGUCAGAUAGACUAGCUGUUGGCAGAUGGGGUAGACAGUCUUCUUUUGAGAACCCCAGGUGCCCCAAAGGAGGCAAGCUUCCAAUAGUUUAUUUCAGGCGACGCUUUCGUGGGACAGGAAAAGCAUCAUCUCUCAGAUCUCAGGGUGAUCAUUUUGGUGCAAGCAUGCAUGGAUCUGUUCCGUCUCUCGACCCUUUUCUUUAUGAGUUCAAUGAUUUUGAAGAACAAGGUAUUUAUCUGGAGAGAUCAGAUCCUAAAAGGGAUUUGUGGUGCACUAAUGAUGCUGGACAAUUGGAAUUAAACACAUCAUUGUUAGGUACAAAACAAUUCAGAUUUGAGUUGAGAUUUCCAGUGUUUUCUGUCCCAAAGAACGCACUUGGAGUUGAGAAGUUUGGGCUGUCUCAUUCUUGGUCACCUCCUCAGACUGGUGUGGUCAUGACUACAUGGCCAUUGGUUCGUUUGGAGAUCCUUUUUGUUGAUAAUAUUGUUGGACUGAGGUUUCUAGUGUUUGAAGGUUGCUUGAAGCAGGCUGUAGCCUUUGUCUUCCAGGUCCUGGCGGUAUUUUAUGAAUCUACUAAACAGGGAAAAUUUGCUGAUUUGCAGUUGCCGGUGACUUCAAUCAGAUUCAAAUUUUCUUGCAGCCAAAAUCUUGUGAAGCAGCUUGUCUUUGCAUUCUACAGCUUCCAUGAAGUAAAGAAUUCAAAAUGGACUUUCCUGGAUUCUAAGUUUAAAAAGCAUUGUUUGCUAUCUAGGCAACUACCACUGUCUGACUGCACUUAUGAUAAUAUUAAGGCACUUCAAAAUGGAUCCAAUUGUCUACCAUGUUCCCCUGCUUGUAGGGAUUUCUCCUCAGUUGAGGGUUUAAGGAAGAAGGUGUCCAGGCAAGGCAUCAGCCUUAUGGGUGUCUCCAGGGAAUCUAGUCAUUUGAAAGUUGGCCAUUUAUCUUCUAAAUCUGACAGGCAGAGGAAUCUUCCUCCAUUUGCACUUUCUUUUGCUGCUGCACCUACUUUCUUUCUUAGUUUGCAUCUUAAGCUACUUAUGGAACAUAGUCUGGCUUACAUUGGCAUGAGGGAUCAUGACUCCAUUGAGCAACCUGGUAGCUUGGGCAGGUCAAUUGUAGAUGACAAUUCUGUUGUGGAGAACUUGUUGCAAAAUGUUUCUGAGAGUGGUCUUGAGAGAAGUUUGAAGGGCUCAUCAAGGAGUGCUACUUCUGAUGGAUGCUUGAAUUCAGUUAAAUCAGAUUUACAGACUGUUGAUUUAUCCAUUUGCAAUGGACAGUGCAAAAAAUCCUCUUCUAAGUCCCAAAAUGGUGAUCUAAACAUUGACGGAACCUCUGUUAAUUCCAGUGAACUAGGAGAAGUUGGUGAGAAUACUGCUGUACCAUUGCAGAACUGCUACUGCAGUCAUUUGGAGUCGGAGCAGUGUGUUUCAUCAUUGAAGCUACCAGUUGAUGGUGAUAAGACUAAAACCGGGUCAAAUCCUGUUUAUAAUGGUAUCAGGGUUGAGAUUCCAGUCUUUAAUCAAUAUGAAAAGCAUGCUGAUAGGGAGUUACAUAGCACCCUACCCUCUAAUGAUUUGACUUGCAGUAUGAAUGGUGGUGUUAUUCCAAGCCCAAACCCUACUGCUCCUAGAAGUACAUGGCAUCGAAAUAGAAGUAGUUUAGUCAGUGGUUACCUUGCACAUGGAUGGUCAGAUGGAAAGGCUGACUUAUUUCACAACAACUUUGGUAGUGGAUCCAGGAAGCCAAGAACUCAGGUGUCAUACUCAUUGCCUUUUGGAGGUUUGGAUUAUAGCACAAAGAACAAAGUCCAUCCCCAGAAGGGACUUCCUCAUAAGCGAAUUAGGAAGGCUAAUGAGAAGAGGUUGUCAGAUGUUUCUAGAGGUUCUCAAAGAAACAUGGACUUGUUAUCCUGUGAUGCAAAUGUGCUAAUUACUCUUGGUGACAAAGGUUGGAGAGAAUCUGGGGCACAGAUUGUACUGGAGCUUUUUGAACAUAAUGAAUGGAAGCUUGCUGUAAAAAUAUCAGGGACAACAAAAUAUACAUAUAAAGCUCAUCAAUUUCUGCAGCCUGGCUCUACAAAUCGGUAUACCCAUGCCAUGAUGUGGAAAGGAGGAAAGGAUUGGAUCUUGGAGUUUCCUGAUAGGAGCCAGUGGGCUCUUUUCAAGGAGAUGCAUGAAGAGUGCUAUAAUCGUAACAUCCGUGCUGCUUCAGUUAAAAAUAUUCCUAUUCCUGGGGUCUGCUUGAUUGAGGAAUAUGAUGAUAAUGGAACAGAAGCAGCAUUUGUUCGCAGUACUUCCAAAUACUUUCGGCAGGUCGAAAAUGAUAUUGAGAUGGCUUUGAAUUGUGCACAGAUCUUAUAUGACAUGGAUAGUGAUGAUGAGCAGUGGGUUUUGAGAAUUUGUAAUACUUCAGAAGCUGGUGAUGGCUGCUUGCUUGAAAUUUCUGAAGAAAUGUUUGAGAAGACAAUGGACAUGUUUGAGAAGGUUGCCUAUGUUCAACAGCGUGAUAAUUUCACAUCUGAAGAAAUAGAGGAACUGACGGUGGGCGUUGGGCCAAUAGAAACAGUCAAAGCUAUCUAUGAGCAUUGGAGGCAGAAGCGGCAGAGAGUGGGGAUGCCUUUAAUCCGACAUCUUCAGCCACCACUGUGGGAAAGAUAUCAGCAGCAACUGAGAGACUGGGAGCUAGCCAUGUCGAAAGUCAACUCUAUGUUCCCAAAUGGAUGUUCGGAGAAGGUUUCAUCCAUUGAGAAACCACCCAUGUUUGCUUUCUGUCUAAAACCGCGUGGCUUGGAAGUGCUGAACAAGGGUUCAAAACACAGAUCCCAGAGGAGAAUUUCAGUUUCUGGGAAAAUUAAUGCAACCUUGGGGGAUCAUGAUGGUUCUCAUUCUUUUGGAAGAAGACCAAAUGGGAUUGCUUUUGGGGAUGAGAAGUAUGUAUAUCCAGCAUAUAACUAUGAAUCUUUUGAUGAUUCCCCAUUAUCUCAGGCAUCACCAAGGGUAUUUUCACGACGAGAUACAGGCAGCACUGGAUAUUUCUCCGUGGGCUAUGAUGGAUUUGAUAGGAAUCAUCACCAGAAACUUCAAAGAAGCAAGUCAAAGAAAGAUGGACCUUCUAAUGAAAUGCAAAUGUUGGCUUCCUACAAUCAGAGAUUAAUGGGCAGGAGAAAUGGAAUAAACAGGUGGAAUCUGGGCUUUUCUGAUUGGCCAAGCCAGCAGCAUUUCUACUCGGAUGACUAUUUAAAGCAUGACCUUGAGCAGUUGGAUGGUUCUGAUCUUGAUGAGUAUAGGUUGCGUGGUGCAUCUGCUGCAGCCCGCCAUGCACUUAACAUGGCAAAGCUCAAGAGAGAAAAGGCCCAUAGAUUGAUGUUCCGAGCAGAUGUGGCAAUCCACAAAGCUGUGGUUGCCCUAAUGACUGCUGAUGCAGUUAAAGCUUCUUAUGUGGGGUCAAAUGACAACCCAAAUGGUGAUGAGUAGGAUGAUGUGAUGCAGAAAUUGGUCAGAGCUUUGAGUUGUGGAAUUGAAGAGUACUCAAGGCAUUGGCAUUGCUUUUGCUUGCUGGUUUUGCCAUUUCUUGUUAUGGUUGCCUGGAGCCCUCGUUGAUGGAUUCAAGAGAAAUGUUCUAACUGGAUGAUAGUUAUGGGCAAAAACAGAAGCAGCUUUGCACUUGUGCUUCAAGUUGUUGUUGCGGUUUAGGUAUGGAGCUCUACAGUUUUUCACCGGCUAGUUCUUUUUCCCACAGCAGGUCGGCAAACAGUUGUAUUGAUCCUGCGGGUAAGGGUUUGUAUGGAAUUGGAAUUUUGGCUGCCGGUCAUUUUGUACAGAUUUUUUGUUAACCUUUUAUCCUUAGUCUUUGAUAGCGAAGUAGCAGUUGGCCAAAAUAAUACAUCCAUUACAGUUUCUUGUCUUACUGAAACGUUUGGAGCAUUUCGUAGAUAUGUAUUUUUCAAAAGAAAAGAUGAAAAAAAAGAAAUUUCCUGUAAGUAA